AACGUAUUUGGCGGUCGUUAUCAGAUAAGUAGCCUACGUUUGACACAUCUGCAGCCUCUUAUAGCUACAACGUAAACUAAUUAAUGGAUCGUUUAAAGUUGGUUCUGCAAUAUUUCCAGUCAAAUUCUGAGUCUAUCUCUAAUGGUAUCUGUAUAAUAUUGUCACUGAUAAGCGUCAAGCUGUAUACAAGUUUUGAUUUCAACUGCCCCUGUUUACCGCAAUACAAUAAGAUGUACGCACUGGGGGUCAUGUUAGUUCCUCCAAUUAUAUUGUUCCUUUUGGGAGUGUUAGUCAGUCGUCAUACUGGGGUGCUGAUGGAAGAGUGGGUCAGACCCCUGGGCAACAGGACAAAAAAUCCAGCAGUGGUAAAAUUUUUGCUGUCAUCAAUGUUGCAACGGGCCCUUCUGGCCCCCAUGGUCUGGAUUCUGAUGACACUCUUGGAUGGAAAAUGUUUCAUCUGUGCAUUUAGUAUGAAUGUGAACCCUAAAUAUUUCACAGGAAUACCAAACAGCACUGGCCUAGAACUGAUCAAGAUCAUGGCUAAGGUGCCUUGCAAAGAAGAUGUUAUCUUCAAAAACAGCAGUUUUCGGAAAGCUGUCUCACGCUAUGUGCGGUGUUACUCUCAGGCAAUAGGCUGGUCAAUCCUCCUUUUCUUCAUUUUUUUGGGCGCUGUAGGCCGUGUCCUCAAGCCUUGCUUCAAUCACGCCACUUUUCUGCAGACACGCUACUGGAGCAAUUACCUGGACAUUGAGCAGAAGCUCUUCGAUGAGACCUGUGUCCUUCAUGCCAGAGAUUUUGCCAGAAAAUGUGUGGUGCAGUUCUUUGAGAGUAUGCGAGAAGACGUGACUGUGAGAAUGCCCCUUUCAAAUGCACUCAGACCCAGUACAAUCCCUAAUGAAUAUGAAGAGGAAGAAGAGGAGCGUCUGCAUGGUAUAACCAGACAAGAUCAGGUGGAUAAUUUGCUGCAAACCUGGUACGAGUGCAAACCAGAACUGGAUGUGACCAAGAUGGCCUAUAAGCCCAAAGUAUGCAUCACUUGGGAAGAUCACAAUGGAAAGGCAUUAUUCUCUGAAGUGUAAAACUUGAGAACUAAUUGGCUAAUUAAUGUUAAUUCAGAAGCAAAACCCUAAAAAGCUUGCACAUUGGUGCAUUGGAUGUAUAAUUCAGGCCCCCAUACGAUUCUGAGGCGAAGAUGCCUGGAUGGAGAAUGUUUCAUCUGCAUAUUUAGUAUGAAUGUAGAACCCAAACAUUUUUAAUUGUAAUGUUACAAUCAGAUUAUUGUUAAUUCAGAAAGCUUUGUUUUAACCUUCCUCAAGUGCUUGCAUGCUGGUACAUUUGAAUAUGCUGGGAUUUAGUUUGUGUAUUUUUGCAUGUCUCUUUCCACACAAUACACAACAACCUCAUGGAUAUGGCUUGUAUG